AUGGCCACUUCUGAACAUUCCUUAACGCUAGAUGCCCUCGAGCAUGAGAUUGAGAAGGUUACCGUGUAUAAUGACCGGGCAGCAGUCACCCGAAGAUUCCGAGUCGAUUUCAAGGUUGGGCAAAAUGAAAUCUCAAUCGGCCGCCUGCCAAAGGUUCUCGAGUCUGAUUCCAUUCGAGUUGAAACGGAGACAGCCAGCUCUUCUCAGGCGCUCACUGUCUUUGAUGUCAUAUACGUUGCUCCGCAGCUGGGUGGCGAUUCAUCACAAUCCGACCCCUUUAAGGGGCUCGAGGAUAAGCGCGCUGUUCUACAGAAUAAGCUCGAUAUCAUUCAACGACAGAGCAACCUCCUCUCGUCCUAUGCAGAAGGUCUCAAUGACAAAGUUAAGAAAGUCGAACAACUUGAGUCCUUCCUCGAAAUGUAUUCAACUCGAAGCGAGAAAUCUCAUGCUCUGAAGCAGGAGCUGAGCAAUGAGCUAGCUGGCCUCACGCUCGAACUUCAGGAACGGAGGGAGCAAUCGAAUUCGGAGCAUGAGGCGAGGAAGUUUGCUGGCGUCAAUGUUGUCAUCUUGGCUGAAGAGGAAGGCCCCGCCGAUGUCAUCUUAUCGUAUAUUGUCACGGCCGCAUCCUGGAAAAGUCUCUAUGACGUUCGGGCGGAUGUCGGCUCACAAAUUGCAUCAAGCCAGUCAGGAUCACCCACGAUCACUCUUCAGUAUCGCGCUUCUAUUUCCCAAGCUACCGGAGAGGAUUGGAUGGGUGUCGCACUUACCCUGAGUACCGCUUCGCCACUGGUGGCGUCAGAAAUACCGGACCUGCAGCCGUGGACGAUUGGGCCACCUCCGCCGCCACCGCCGAUCCCUUCACCGUCGUAUGGUGGUCGUGUUGGGUGGAAGCGAAGCGCGAUGCGCUUGUCUUCCAAUGAUUCUCCGAUGCCCAUUCUAACUCCUGUGGCCGAGGAAGCAUGCUCGGAGGUGUGGUCAAAUAAUGAGCUCAUUCUUCCUGGGACCUUCAAAUCCAAAGUGGUUGUGGCGAGGGCCAGUGAAGGCGCUGUCAGUUCAUCGUUCGAGGUGGAGGGACGUUCGACGAUUCCAAAUGACAACUCUUCGCACAAGGUCUCGAUCGUGACUCUUGAGCUUGCCUCAACUUUACAGUGGGUAACUGUUCCAAGGAAGGCAGCUUCUGCAUUCCUCCAAUGCCGCAUCAAAAAUACCAGCAAUUAUAUGUUGAUUGCAGGGCCCAGCAGCGUGUUCAUGGAUGGCAACUUUGUUUCGAAGUCAACUAUUCCCGAUGUCAGCCCCCAAGAAAGUUUCUCAUGUUCUUUGGGUGUCGAUCCGUCGGUCAAAAUCACAUAUCAUCCCCAAACAAAACUUGUGCGCUCGCAGGGCGGCUCGUUUUUCUCGGCAUUACCCAAGCAGCAAAUCACUAAAUUUGUUCAACGCAUCACCGUCAAAAACACACGUCCUUCAAGCCUUUCACGUCUUACCGUUCGGGAUCAGGUCCCGAACAGUGAAGAUUCACGCAUCAAAGUGACCAUGCUCCAACCUGAUGAAAGGUAUAUUGGAGGUCCUGCACAGGGCUAUACCACUGGGAAAUACAACCAAACUUCGUCGUCGGAUGCGGGGACACUCUCAUGUACCAUCCGCAAAGGGGUGGUGGCACAAUGGGCGCAAAGGAAAGAGGAUGACUUCGGGGGCACUGGCGGGGCGCGGGGAGAUGGUGUAAUUGAGUGGCUUUGCAGUGAUGUCGAAUCCUCUUUGGAUUUGGAGCUUGAGUACGAGGUCUCUUCCCCCAUGACAUUCGCUGGACGACGGUUUAAGCUUGGGGGAGGAUGGCAGAUUCAUCUGCUCGCCGUUUUAGUGGCCUUAUGGCAGGAGUCAUAUCCCGAUGUUUAUUUCUGUACCGCUUUGCUGUGGUGGUCUAUACAUGUGCGUACUGGAGACAGUGGGGUGCAGCUGAGAUACAAUUCAUGGUGA